CCAAUUAGGUACUCUUACUCUGAAAUUAGGAAGAUGUCCAAAGGUUUCAAGGACAAAUUGGGUGAAGGAGGCUAUGGCUCUGUAUAUAGAGGAAAGCUUGAAAGUGGCCCUCUUUUUGCUAUAAAGAUGUUGGGAAACUCCAAAACUAAUGGGCAAGAAUUUAUCAACGAAGUUGCAACAAUUGGAAGAAUUCACCACAUGAAUGUGGUGCAACUCAUUGGCUUCUGUGCUGAGGGCCCAAAGCGUGCCCUUAUAUAUGAAUUCAUGCCUAAUGGUUCUCUUGAAAAACACAUUUUUUCUCGAGAAGAAAGUAUCCCCAUAAGUAUCGAGAAAAUAUUUGAGAUUUCUCUUGGAGUGGCUUGUGGGAUUGAAUAUCUGCAUCGAGGAUGUGACGUGCAAAUUCUACAUUUUGAUAUAAAGCCUCAUAACAUUCUUCUUGAUGAGAACUUCAUUCCCAAAGUUUCUGAUUUUGGGCUUGCAAAACUUUAUCCAACAAAUAAUAGCAUAGUGUCUUUGACUGCUGGAAGGGGAACAUUAGGAUAUAUAGCCCCAAAGUUGUUCUAUAAAAAUAUUGGAAGGGUCUCCUAUAAAACUGAUGUUUAUAGUUUUGGCAUGUUAUUGUUGGAAAUGGCAAGUAGAAGAAAGAACGUGAAUGCAUUUGCAGACCAUUCAAGCCAAAUUUACUUCCCAACUUGGGUCUAUGGCCAAUUAAGCGAAGGAAAUAACAUAGAAAUAGAAGAUGCCACAGAGGAGGAGAAGAAAAUUGUUAAGAAGAUGAUGGUGCAUACAGAUGAAGCCUAG